AUGGAAAUGACCCUUGAGGCCAUCAUUGCCAUCGUGGCCCUGAUUGUAGGGUCACCACCUACAUGCUUCAUCAUAUGGCGAUCUUGCAUUCGUAGGAGAGAGAGGUCGACCCAGGCUAUAAUCCCACUAUACCGACCUCACACGAUCACGAAUACUGGCUCCCCUCACUACGGGCAAUCUUUCGCAUCUUAUUCAAUAUGGAAAUCUCGGACAAUGUCAGCUUUCGAAAUGGAAAUGAAUAGGCCCUCUGGUGACGAGCAUGCUUCUUGGAACGGCUGGUCGAUCGGAAGUUCCACCUCGUAUCAUUUGGGAGGCCACCAUGUUUAA